CCUCUUGGUGGUUUGGUUUCUGAAGCCAAAUGAAUAUAAAUGAUAUACUGGAUGAAUGUAAAACCAAGAAAUGGGAGUCGUUAAAUCUCAGUCACCGCGGUUUAGUUGUCCUGCCAGCACGCAUUUCAGAGCUGAUCACUUUAAAGAAAUUAUUCCUGAACGACAACCAUCUUAUUUUACCCCCUGAAGAGAUUGUGCAGCUUGAUCAGCUUGAAGAACUCAUCCUGGAUCAAAACCAGCUGACUGUGCUUCCUAAUAACAUCAGCUUCCUGAAACACCUGACAUACUUGGGAGUAAACCACAACCCUCUGUCUGUUCUCCCUGAGGCAUUGGGAGAACUCGGAGAACUCAGAGAGCUCUGGGCCAUAAACUGUGGACUCAUUUCAGUCCCACCAUCUAUUGGCAAACUUGGCAAGUUGCAAAAACUUGGUUUGAGUAGCAAUUCCAUCACAGCUUUGCCACCACAAUUUGGGAGCCUUAAAAGUCUGCAGUGGUUGAACUUGGCUGAUAAUAAUAUAGAGGCUGUACCAGAGGAUUUGAAAAACUUACAGUCACUCGUCUUCAUCAACUUGAAUAAGAACAGCUUUAAAAAGAUUCCAAAGACACUCACAGAAAUGCCAAGUCUUCAAGUCCUUCUUAUUAACUUCAACAGUAUUACUUCACUGGAGGAUGAUUUAGUCCUAGGUUUCAGCAGACUAAUAAAACUUGACCUGAGGCAAAACCCAUUAACGCUCAGACCACAUCACUGGAAGGGUCUGGAUUUUAUAUUGCUAGGCAGCACAGAAACUGCAAUGGAUGAUGUAUGAUAAAUACGACACAAUAACACAUGUACACGAUAAAUCUGAAUGAUCCAUUGCUUGGUUUUCUCAUGACUGGUUAUAACAGAAGGAACUUCAGUAAGAUAUGUUAUAAACACGUAACGGAGUAUAAAAGAGUCAUUUUAUUGGAGUUAAAUAAAUCUAUCUUGAAUUGGUCUGGCAGGCCUAAAUCUUGAACGAUAAAUAUACAGUGGAUAUAAAAAGUGUACAGAUCCUGUUAAAAUGAUCGGUUUUUCUGAUGUUAAAAAAAACGAGACCACGAUAAAUAAUUUCAAAACUUUUCCAACCUUUAAUGUGACCUAUAACCUGUAUAAUUCAAUUGAAAAACAAACAAAUCUGUUAUGGGGAAAAACAUGUGAAAAACAUGUUUUGGGGAAACGUGUCAUGAUGAUGUUAUGGGGAAAAACAUGUCAUGAUUCUGUAGUUUUUUUUUUAAUGCAGUUUCCUUCUAUUUACUAAAAACACUAGAUAUUGCCAACAUCCUGUCUGCAAUGUGUGGAUAUCGCCAAGGUAGUAUUAAAAGCUCAAGGUGUUGAAACUGAAAGGGUCACAUCAUGUAAGUACCUGGGUAUUAUUACUGAUGAGACCCUGACAUUCAAGUUACACAUCGAUAAACUUGUAUUAAAACUGAAACUUAAAUUGGGUUUCCUUUUUAGAAAUAAAUCCUGCUUUUCACUCCAGCCUAGGAGACAUCAAUUAACAGUGCGUUUUUUGCCCUUAUUGGACUAUGGGGAGUGGUACGGUGGUGCAAGUGGUUAGCACUGUUGCCUCACACCAAGAAGGUUCUGGGUUUGAGCCCAGUGGCUGAUGGGGGAGUGUGGCGUUUGCUUGUUCUCCCCAUGUCUGUGUGGGUUUCCUCUGGGUGCACCGAUUUCUCCCACAGUCCAAAGACAUGCAGGUUAGGCUAAUUGGUGGCUCUAAAUUGUCCGUAGGUAUGAGUGUGAAUGGUUGAGAGGAGAAAACCUCUAUAAUAAUCCAGUAGAAGGCAACAGGAAGCCACUGUAAAUACUGUAAUGUUCCCUAGAGACUUUGAUAGCUGAAGCCGUCAGAGCAGCCAUGUCACUGUAGUGAUGUGCCAGAAUGGAUGGACUAUGGGGGUCUACUCUUUACAAGUGCACCUGACCAGUACUUAAAGAAGUUGGACACUAUCACUGUGCCUUACAUUUUAUCAUUGGCUGUGGCAAUCUUGUGCAUCAUUGUACUCUGUAUAAUAUAGCAAAUUGCCCAUCUUUGUCUGUUCGCAGACUUUCACACUGGUUGAUGUUUGUGUAUAAAUCUGUUCUUGGGCUAUUUCCUCCUUAUCUUUCUUUAUGUAUUUGCAUCUGAAACAAAAUCGACAUGGCCUGCGCUCAAAUAACAUAGUACAGAUGUUAGUCCCUGGAGUAAGAACAAACUUAAGCAAAAAAGGCUUUUAAAUAUGCUGCUCCAUCGUCCUGGAAUAAUUUACAAAGGGACUUGAAACCGCCAAAGCUGAUAACCCUGGGUGAAUUUAAAUUCAUUCUAAAAGAUAGAGAAAAUGCAUACCUCUCUUCUACAAUGCACUUGCUUUUAAAAUUAUAUUUAUGUUUUUAAUUGAAUUCUUAACCUUGAGUUU